CUUCCAAGCAGAUAGAUGCACGAAAAUGUCUCCUGUAUCAAGAAGACCUCGCAUGAGUUAUAUUUUCAACUCAAAUAAUACUGUGAAUGGACCAAUUCGAUUGAAAAAAAAUCGGUCAAAGCGGGGAUAUCAUCCAGAAAACUAUGAAAAUGCAUGUGAUAUUCAGUUCAAUGUUGAUUCACCACUUAUACAAAGAACCGUGAAUUGCGAAAUGAAUCAUCCGAUUACUGCUGAGACUAACUACGAUAGAACGGAAUCCAACGAUUGUUCGAUUAUUGACUCUACAAGUCCGUAUAUGUUUGACUGCUCAGAUACAGGAUCCGAACCAAGCAGUAAAUCACAAGAUAGCGAUUUGCCAUUUCAAAGUAGUGACGAACAGGAAUACUUAACGGAGAGCGAUUCUGAAGAUGUACAAACGAUUGAUUUAGGAGAUGAUGAACAUUUUCAUCCAGAGUUAUCUAUCACCAAAAGAGAGGUGUUGUUUUCAAUACUGUUCCAUCCAGAAACGAUGUGUUUGAGUAAGCCACGCCUACUUUUAAUGUAUCGCGUUUUUUGUUGUUUUUGUUUUUGUUUACGCGCUUCGCCCAGCUAUAAAAAGGUAGCGCUCUGAUUGCUGCGCAAGUUAGUUUUGUGUACGACUCCCAUCAGUAAAGUGUAAGAGAAUAAUAAAGCUGUAGUU